AUGGGAAAGCUUCAGGUUAUAUCAUCUGAUCAUAUGAAGUAUCCAUUGCUGUUCUCAUCACUUGAAUGCUCCACCAACAUUCGAGUGCUUCGUCUCCACCGAUGCUCAUUGAUGUUUGAUUUUUCUUCUAUUGGAAGCCUUUCGAAUCUGGAAGUGCUCAGCUUUGCUAAAUCUGGCAUUAGAUCUCUACCUUCAACAAUCAGAAAUUUGAAGAAGUUAAGGGUACUGGAUGUGACAGGUUGUGGCGGUCUUCGUAUAGAUAACGGUGUAUUUAAAAAUUUGGUCAGACUUGAAGAGCUCUAUGCAUGCCCUUUUGAUUAUCAUGGAGAGACCAUCAACUUUAAAGGUGAUAACUGCAAUGAAGUGGUUGAACGUUGGAAAAACCUUUCUGGAAUUUGA